GUGUAGCGACCAGUUGUAGAAAGGCAUUCUAACGCGGUGGAUCGGUAGAGAAUUUUUUUUUUUGUACGCGGAAACAGAUACAAUAUAAAAGGGAAGAGUCUUAAAAUGCCAAACAUUCCUUUGUUGUUUCUAUUUGCCCUGUUAUGUUACCUAAGUGAGGUUUCAACCGGCAAAAACGAUUGUCCGCGUAUUAAGUUAAAACGCCAGUGGGGUGGUAAACCGGCUACCGCAAUAACUUACCAAGUGCCACCAAUUCGCUUUGUAAUCAUUCAUCACACAGUUUCGGAUGAUUGUGAUCAGUUUCUGAAAUGUGCAUCGAUUUUACAGAGUACACAAAUUUAUCACAUGAAUGAUUUAAAAUACGAUGACAUCGGUUAUAAUUUCCUCAUCGGCAACGAUGGCGUCAUUUAUGAGGGCACUGGUUGGGGCGUGCGCGGUGCACACACCUAUGGCUACAAUAUGAAUGGCACAGGUAUUGCUUUUAUCGGCAACUAUGCAGAAAAGUUGCCAUCGCGCUCAGCUUUGAAUGCCGCCAAGAAGCUUUUGGCUUGUGGUGUGAAGGAAGGUGAAUUAGAUCGCAAUUAUAUACUUUUGGCAGCUUCACAAGUAAUCAGUACUCAAAGUCCGGGCUUAAUAUUAUAUAAUGAAAUACAAGACUGGGAUCAUUGCUCUAUAAAUCCUUAAAUAUCUCAAAUUUUUUUUAGGUAUUAGGUGUAUACUAAAUAUGUAAAUAUUUAAGAAACAAAUAUAAAACCUCAAUCUUUUCUACUCGAGCUUGAAAUUCGAAAAUUCUUAACUUCAUUAAUUUUUUGCUAUAACUAUCUUAUUUCAUAUCCGAUUUUUAAAAUCUUUAGGUCGCCGCGAAGGUCUCAGGACUAUAAUUGGCCAAUAAAAAGUUUUGGCCUUCGAUACCGUUUUAGUUAAUGCGGUCACUAAUUUUGGAAAUAUUAUUCCUAAAUUUUUAUUUUUAUGCCAUAAAUUUAAAGCUCUCAAAAAACGAUGAAGACCUUGCUGAAAAAGGGUUAGGCCUCUUUCAAAAAAAAAAAGAAAAGUUAUAAUGUUUUUAGUACUUGUGUUGAGGCUUAUAUUUUUAGUUUUUCGUUUGUUUUUAUUUUUUUUAUUUUUCUAUAAAAUGUACCGUCC